CCAAAGAAGACAUGGAAAAAGAUUUGAAUAACGUGGUGUUGAAUUCUGGCGGUGACAUCAUGUACUGGUGAUCCUGCCUCACGAUAACUUUGAUUAAUCAUAAAAAGAGCUAGUAGAUCUUCUCAAAUAACUUUGAUACUGGCAGCGAAUGUGUAGCACCCAAAAAUGUUUGUGGCUCGGAGCAUUGCGGCGGACCACAAAGAUCUCAUCCAUGAUGUAUCCUACGAUUUUCACGGCCGGCGAAUGGCGACUUGUUCCAGUGACCAAAGUGUCAAGGUUUGGGACAAAAGUGAGGCAGGGGAAUGGAACUGUACUGCCAGCUGGAAGACUCACAGUGGGUCAGUGUGGCGAGUGACCUGGGCCCACCCCGAGUUUGGGCAGGUGCUCGCUUCGUGUUCUUUUGACCGGACAGCGGCCGUGUGGGAGGAGAUUGUGGGCGAAUCCAAUGACAAACAGAGAGGACAGAGCCACUGGAUCAAGAGGACCACACUGGUGGACAGCCGGACCUCGGUCACAGACGUGAAGUUCGCCCCCAAGCACAUGGGCCUGAUGCUGACCACCUGCUCGGCCGAUGGCGUGGUGCGCAUCUACGAGGCGCCCGACGUGAUGAACCUGAGCCAGUGGUCCCUGCAGCACGAGAUCUCCUGCAAGCUGAGCUGCAGCUGCAUCUCCUGGAACCCCUCCAGCUCCCGCGCCCACCCUCCUAUGAUCGCCGUGGGUAGCGACGACAGCAGUGUAACGUACGCCGGGAAAGUUCAAAUCUACGAGUACAACGAAAACACACGGAAGUACGCCAAGGUGGAGACCCUUAUGACCGUGACAGACCCGGUGCACGACAUUGCCUUCGCUCCGAACCUGGGACGGUCCUUCCACGUGCUGGCCAUAGCGACCAAGGAUGUACGCAUCUUCAAGCUGAUACCCCUUCGGGCGGAGACGGCCUCCUUGGCGAGCCCCACCAGGCUGGAGGUGCAGAUCGUGGCGCAGUUCGACAACCACAACUCCCAGGUGUGGCGCGUGAGCUGGAACAUCACCAGCACCUUGCUGGCCUCCUCUGGGGACGACGGCUGCGUGCGGCUCUGGAAAGCGAACUAUAUGGGCAACUGGAAGUGCACGGGCAUCCUGAAGGGCGACGGCAGCCCGGUGAAUGGCUCGGCCGGUCAGCCUGGAGCUCUGACGGCCGGCGGGGGGACUGGGGCGCUGGCCAAUCAGGGCUCCCUGAAUGGGACAUCGGCCGGAAGAUAUUUCUUUCCCUCUCUGGAGCCUCCGUGGGCUGGGUCCAGGUGUGCCCAGCUCCUGCCUCCUCCCAGUGCGGUGGAGCAGACUUGCGAAAGCGAUUCUGCUAACCCGCUGCAAGCCCCGCUCUUCUGGCAGUCCACCGCUCAACCCUUAAACCCCUUACCCGAGAGUGACGGGCUAUGAAAACGUUUACCAUUAUAAAACGGCAGCCCUAUUCCUUGUGUAACAUCUGCCUUGUGUUCCGUUUCCCUUUCUUUAUGGUCAUUUAUUUCCUGCUUUUCCUUGGUUUCUUGUAUUUAAGUUUGGUUUAGUUUUUUUUUCUUUUUUGUGGAUUGUGGAAGAGAGAAAAGCCUCUGAAAUGGUCUGUUUUAAAAUGGCUGCCUUUACUGGUCCUUUGUUUUUUAUUGAUACCGUUUCUGGUAAAUUGAAUCUCGAGUGCUGCAGUAACACAGUCCUUGGUUUUACUGGGCUGUAAAGCUCUGUUCCUUGAAAACUGUAAACUUUUAUUUCCCACAAAUCUCUGCUCUUAAUUCCAUAAGCAGGUGAUUAAUUUACUCGGUUUGUCCGUUUUUACAUUCUUGCAAUGGUUGAAUCACGACUGACAAUUGUACUUGUGCCUUACACAGAAGAAAUAUUUUAUUAGAUUACUUUGGGGGAAAGCGAUGUUUGACACAGCUAAUAUACAAUAUAUAUUGUGAUACUAAGCUUUUAUCAUGUUUUUUUCUUCUGGGGUAAAUUCCUGGCUAUUGAGUCACCACUUAUUACUUUGGACUCAAGUAAUAAAUUGUUUCAUGGCUGACGUGCUGUUCAUUUGAAAUCUUUGUGGUUCUAGUUAAGAGAUUGUUGGGCAGAUUUAUCAGGCAUCUUUAUUGAAAAUGGAAUGGAAUUGCGUAUUCAUUUAAACUUGACUACCAUAGCAUAAACACUGUCUCUGCUGUUCAGUUACAGUUAAUUCUAUAUUAAUUCUACGACUGUUGUACAUGUCUGUCCAUAUUGUGAGCUGCCCAGAGGAAGGAAGGAAAUCCGCUAAUUGACCAUGAUGAUGGGGAUAAUAAAAUAGUAUGAUUUGAUUAUUAUUAUAUAAUAAUGAUUAUUGUAGUUGUAAUUUUGGCAAGAUCCUUUUGAAAUGUGCAAGUUCAGGGCUCAGCAUUUUUACCCAGCCUAUUCAGGAUAGAAACCUCCUGUGAAAUGAGGAAUGGAAAUGGAAAAAUUUAAAUGUCUUUAUAUAUACUGUGCUUGUGUGUCUGCAAUAAGUGGUAUAGGGUUUACAUCAAUAAGCCUUCUACCUCCUGUUGCAGUGUCCGUGUGUGCACUGGAUAAAAUAUUCCACUGUGUGAUGUAUCUCAUUGUUUGUUCACAAAUAUGCUUACAAUUCAUAUGCAUUCAGGUAACCUCAUUUGUUUAUUCAGAUUAUUUGAUUUGUGUGUUUUUGUAAUUAAUUGUAUCACUAUUAAUGAGUUUAAUUAGACCAGCUUUGACCACGUAUUGUUUGAUUACAAACCGAAAAUAAAAUAUUACAGCAGAA